AUGGCUGGCAGUGAUGUUAAAAAAAUUUAUCAAGAGGUUAUUAAUGAUGUUUGUACAGCAGUACGUGAAGCACUUUCUGAAGAAGGCUAUGAUGAUCAUACAUUACAAGAACUUCGAACUUUAUGGUUAACAAAAUUAAAUAGCUCAAGGGCGUUAGAACCGUUACCAGCAUCAAUUGUUGAUCAAGUAACAAAUCGAGAAUUUCGACAUUCAAAUACCGGUGAAACAAAUAAUGCUUCAUCAUCAAAUAAUAGACAGCCAACAACGAUAAGACCAAAUCGUUUACAUCCAGCAUCAUCUGCUGCUGUAUCUACUUUUAAUCCAUCUUAUGUAGUACCAACUACUAGUAGUCCUGUACCUAUAUCGAUAACAAAUUCAGAUGCAGCACAAUACAUUCGAGCUAAUUUUGCUCAUAGACCACCAAAUCAAACAAAUAUCGGAAAUAAUACAAUGAAAACAUUGAAUCAAUUAGAUGGUUCAAAUGAUGAAGUUAUUUCUGUUAACAGUACGACAAAAAAUAAAUGUCGAAAGAAAAAAUCAAAGAUCAUUCAUAUAUCAUUACAACUUGAUGGAACAGGACCACCUGUUGGCGAUGAUGACGACGAAGAUGAUGAAAGCGAAUUAGGAAAUGAUGUUGGAGAUGAUUUAGAAGAUGAUGAUGAUGAAGAUGGCAACGAAGAAGGAAAAGAAGAUCCUAAUCCACUUUGUUCAGAUGAUGAUGUUAGUGAUGACGAACCAGCAGAAUUGUUUGAUACAGAUAAUGUUGUUGUAUGUCAAUAUGAUAAAAUAUCGCGUAUCAAAAAUAAAUGGCGAUUUAUAUUAAAAAGUGGUGUAAUGAAUAUUGAAGGACGUGAUUAUGUAUUUAGUAAAGCUACAGGUGACGCCGAUUGGUAA